AUGCUGAUAAUACCAAGUCCAAAAAAGUAUGUAACAAAAGUGAAACCACGAUCAAAGUCUGACAGUCAGUGGAAAUAUUUUCCUGCAAGUGAUGAGACACAAAAUUCAAUUGAAGCUGAGACUAAUUUUGAUUCCAGUCAUUUAACACCACCUGAUGAUAUUCAUGAUGAAAGUAAUGAUGGCGAUAUUAAACUUCCUAGUCUGUUAAAUACAAGCAGCAUAUCUGAUGGCAUUCAUUGUAUGCAGCCACAGGUCCUUCCUUCAAGACCACGUGCUCAUGUGAGUGAAUUUAGUGGACUCACUUCAAUAUCUGCUGAAGUUGAUAACAGCAUUCUGCAAUGUAGCCGUUUGUUUCCUAAUCCAUCUCAAAAUGCCAAAGACAUUGCUCCAAAAUUCAAUGUUUCACCCACUGUUCUUAACAGUAUUCAGUGUCAACAUCCAACAGAUCCAUCUCAUCAAAUAUAUUUAAUAUUAAGGUCAUGGAUGGAGGGCCCGUCAAAACCCACCCUAGCUGACUUGAAAAAAAGACUUCAUAUUUUAGAUUAUCAUGCCCCAGCUAACAGUCUCAAUAGCAAAUGCACUAUACUAUGAGAAAAACUUUUUAGGAAGAAUUUUAGGCCGACUUAUUUAUCAGUAAUAGCUACAAUUAUUAUAGACGUUUGUACAUGUAUGCAUUCUCAAAAAAAUUAUUUUUGUGCUGAAUUUUAAUUACUUUUACUAUAAUC